UGGCGUGUCGCGUUCAAGGAGGGCGGGCUUCUCUCUGAGGCAGAGCCGGCGGAGGCAUCUCCUCUCCAUCGUUCGGAAGUUUUGCAGCGUGGUCGAUGGAGGAUAUCUUGAAGAGAGAAGACUGGAAUAAAUUACAACUUGUGUACCAAUUCGUCAGGAGAACGGGAAAAAUAGUAGAGACAAAGACAUAAGAACGAGAAGGCACGCCAAAUAACCUAACCUAACGGUUGACUGCGUCCCCGUGGAGGGAAAAACAAAAAGUUUUAUAGCGCGCUCACGUGUCGUACGAGGUAGAUUUCUUGUGCGAAUUUUAUCGUAGUUAACACCGGUAAGCGUGACAUGGCUAUGUUGGACACGUACGGUAUUGCAGCGGUUGCUCUGACGGCGGUGAUUUUCGUUAUCUGCGCCUUGGUUGUGACGUGCGAACAUUUCUUCGGGAUGAAGAAAAUCAAAAACAUCAGGAACAAGCACGUUGUCGUGACCGGCGGCUCCAGCGGCAUUGGGAAAUGCAUGGCGAUUCUCGCCGCUAAGAAGGGAGCGCAUGUCACGAUAAUCGCGCGGAAUUUGGAGAAUCUGGAGAAAGCCAAACGUGAAAUAGUGGAAGCAUGCGAGAACAAGGAUACACAAAGGGUGGAGUGUCUGUCUUUAAAUAUUGGGACGAAUUAUAAAGCUGUUGAAAGAGCGCUGGCCGAUCUGGAGAACGUUAUGGGACCAGUUUACAUGCUCGUGAAUUGCGCUGGCCUCGCAAUCGCUGGCAAGAUAGAAGACACCACCGAAGAGAAUCUCGAUCAAAUGUUGCGCACAAAUUUUCUAGGCACGUAUUAUUGCACCAAGGCGGUGGUGUCAAGAAUGAAAGCUUCCAAGGAAGGAGCGAUCGUACUUAUGUCGUCUCAAGCUGGUCUCCUAGGUAUCUUUGGAUACACCGCUUAUAGCAGCACAAAAUUCGCGCUGCGUGGCUUGGCGGAGAGCUUGGCGAUGGAGCUGCGGCCACACGGCGUCUCUGUCACUCUGUGCUUACCGCCGGAUACGGACACACCUGGUUACGCCGUGGAAGAGCUGUCCAAGCCGCCGGAAACGAAAGCCAUAUCGCAAGUGGCCAAGUUGGUCCAGCCCGAGGUCGUUGCUGAGAAGGCCUUCGAGGACGCGCUGGCGAGAGAGUUCUUCUCUACCGUUGGUCUGGAAGGCUUCAUACUGACGACGUUGUGCGCGGGAAUGUCGCCGGUCAAGUUGUCCGGCGUGUUCGCGCAAGUGCCGCUGAUGGGACUGACGAGACUCGUCAGCGUGAUCUACCUCCUCUUAUUCCAGAGAAUUGUCGCAAAAUAUAAUCACGACACGAGUCCUGAGGCCGUGAAAAAAGUUAAGUGAGAAACAAAGCUCUUUUGUAAUUUCCCCGACCAAAGACACGCAAUGGCUUCAUUUGAAGCAUUUGAUUUAGUUUUUUUUUUCUAAAUUUGUAACCGCAAUUUAUUCUACGCGAGACUCGUUCUAUAUUUCUUUUUUAAAAAUAAGAUCCCAUUCUUUCACGAUAAAGAGCUUAUUUCAUAAUGAAGUGUACCAAAUAUAUUAAUAUAUAAUGAUGUCAUCCAUGAUAUGUACGUGUGUUUGAUACAAUGAUAAAUGUACAAGUUGCGUGAAAGGAGAUAAACAUGUAUAUGUACGGCAGAUUAUUUUAAUAUAUGAUGCAACGAUACACGAAGCAUCUAAUGCGAUUAUGCACGGAGGAGCACGAGAGAAAUAAAAGACGCCCUG